AUGGAUUCACCUUCAGCAUCGAUUCCUUCAUCGCCCUCAUUGACAAGCAACUCAGGUCCAUCCACGCCGCACCGCACGAACACCUUGGUAAUUACGCAGUUACCUGCGUCAUUUUUCGAGCAGGUUGUGCUCGACACGCUACACAAUCAUUUCGCGUCCUAUGGUCCUGUAUAUGCGUGGGCUCCUCUCAAAUCAUUUGCUAGGAUCCUUCUAGUGUACUACUCGGAGGAUGAUGCCGAGCAUGCAAAGGUAGACUGCGACUUUCUGUUUAUUGGAGCAACGCCAAGUAGUCCAGCAACGACGCUGCGAGUGUACCGCGCGGACCCCACUCCUAUUGUGUCGUCGGGGAAUUCAGCCAAAGAUAACAUGUAUCUACGACCACCGGAGCACGAGAAGAACUUCCUCAUCUCUCCGCCUGGUUCUCCCCCAGUGGGCUGGGAGCAGAUACGCGAGGACCCGCCAAAUUCGACGCCAUUAGCGGCAGAUUUGAUAACAGCGCUUCGCCGACUGCAGUUGCAAGAGGAGCAGAGAAGUGGACCAGGCUUGGCGGUGUUGCUCGAGCCCCAGGAUGGUGUCGGUAUUGGUGUUUAUGUCGAGGAUUGCGACGGAGACGGAGCAACCCAGGCAGAGGAAGAACAGGACUGGGUGUAUGGGGAGAUGUCCCCUGCGCGUGCGAGAUGGAGGCCAGUGCCAACUGCGCUGCCGCCAAUGUCGAUAGGCGCUUGA